AGGUAUGUGGGAGUGGUCGUGAAUGUGGUUUGUGAUAUUUACAUCGCGUAAGUGAGAAAUUUUAAUGGCGUGCUGCAUCUCAGAAUUUAAAAGUUUAAUAUCGUAAGUUCACAGGCGAAGUGACUCGUUUCGGAUGUGUUAAGUUUACUGGUGCGAUAAGCUGCCUACUAGAUGCUGAUGAACUACCAGUGAUAUCUCUUUUUGAAAAAUGAGCCUCAAUUUCUCAAAACUUUUUUCUUCAAAGAAACGUCAGGACAUUCAACAAGUGCCAUCACAGAUAGGAUUACCAACAAAUGUGAAGCAUGAUUAUCAUGUGACACGUAAUGCGCAUACUGGAGAAUUAGAGGGUUUACCAGAGUCUUGGAUUAGGCUUCUGAAUGCACAGAUAACCAAAGAAGAACAAGAUGUUAAUCCCAGAGCUGCAGUACAGGCGUUAAAAUACUACAAUUAUUCAAUAAAAAAGAAGCCAACAGAACCAUUCAAACCACUUAUCACAGCAGAGCAGAUAGAAGAGGAAUCGGCAGAAAUAGAAAAUAUCUUGGGGCCUAAAGUGUUAGCAGGAAGAAAUAUCCCCACAUGGGGUGAAGAUGAGUCCCCUCAAGUGAAACAAAAGCUAGCACCUCCAGUUCCACCAGCAAAACCUUCAGUAUACAAAGCAGGAGGAAAAGUGAACCAGGAAGCACUGGUUAACCAUGUACAACAAGCAUUAGAUGAAGCUCUAAAUUUGGCAGUUGUUGAUGGAGAUACUACAGGCCUGAAAAAGCAUGAGGAAGAGGAAAUAUGUGGCAGUCCAUUGCUGAGGAAAAAAGAAAGAAGCACAGAGAAGUUGACAGAUGACCAAAUAUAUGAAGAAUUGAGAAGACUAUGUCACCCUGGUGAUCCAUGUAGAAGAUUUGAUCGAAGCAAGGAACUAGGAGCAGGUGCUUCUGGUACUGUUUUCAUUGCCUACGAUACAGAAACAAAGAAGAAAAUUGCAGUCAAAGACAUUGAUUUAUCAAAACAACCCAGAAAAGAACUUAUUCUGAAUGAAAUCAAAGUUAUGAAAGAGUUUAAUCAUGAAAAUCUCGUUAAUUUUCUAGAUGCAUAUCUUGUUAGGAAUGAUCAUUUGUGGGUGAUCAUGGAGUUACUUGAUGGUGGUCCUCUUACUGAUGUAGUAACAGAGACUGUUAUGAAAGAAGGUCAGAUAGCAGCCGUUUGCAGGGAAGUUCUUAAGGCUGUAAGCUUUCUUCAUGGGAAGGGCAUCAUCCAUCGAGAUAUUAAAUCUGACAACGUUCUUCUAGGAAUGAAUGGUGCAGUAAAAGUCACAGAUUUUGGUUUCUGUGCCAACAUUGUUGGAGAUGAAAAGAGACAGACAUUGGUUGGUACACCAUACUGGAUGGCACCAGAAGUUGUGACGAGAAAGCAGUAUGGUAAGAAAGUUGAUAUAUGGUCCCUUGGUAUUAUGGCUAUUGAAAUGAUUGAAGGAGAGCCACCCUACUUAAAAGAAACCCCACUUAGAGCAUUGUAUCUGAUAGCAGCGAAUGGAAGGCCAGCUAUACCUCGUUGGGAGAAAUUAUCUCCAGAAUUCAAGGAUUUCUUAGACUGCUGCCUACAAGUAGACGUUGACAAACGUGCCACAGCUGAUGAGCUUCUGAGACAUCCAUUCUUGAGAAACUGCAUGGAACUUACUACAUUAACUCCUCUGAUAAAGGCUGCACAGAAAAUACUAGGAAAAGGCGCAGGCAUCGACUUACUGCACAAAUGAAGAAUGUCCAAUUCCUGGUAUUACUUUCGUCCUCUGCUCAAUGUAAGAUAAACUGCAAUAAUACAAUAAACAGAUCCUUUCAACUGAA